CAACUCACCCAAGACAGACGAUAAGACUCAAGAGUCUUGCAUAACACGAAAGAUAAACCCACGCAGGAUUUACAUCCAAGAGCACAAUCUUAAAGGUCGAGAGAUCUCUAAAGGAUCGUAGAAGGUAUUUCACUUUUAACACAAACCAACACAAACGUAUCAUCGCCGGAUUUUAUCGUCUUCAUUAUGUCAAAAAAAUCUUUAAGAUGCGGUUUGUAGUUCAUGCAAUAAACGAAGAAAUUAGCAGGUGUACUCCAAUCCAAAUUUUGUGUGAAGUAAAUUUUCUACUUUACUAAUGCUGUCUGUCGCAGCAAUAAGACUUAAUACGUUUGACAUGUUUUGCAUGUGUGGAAUUAUAAAUGACGGAAAUUCGGCGUGUUGUUGAAAAGGUUCCCAACUGAAUAUAUGCGGCAGCAUUGCUCCUGGGAGUAGAAAGAAAAAAAAAGAAGGAGACCAGGAGACAAGUUAAUCAUUUAAGACGAUCAUUUCGAACACAACGAAAAGCAAAAGACGACCGAGCAGAAUACGACUCACGAUGUACGCGACUAAGUUAUCAUCAGUCCGUUCUCUGUCCCUUCUCUGCUUUCUCACAAUCGUGAGCGCAAUGCGUAUACUGGACGCCAUAAACGGUAAUACCAACCGUCAAAAUCGGAGCCAAAACGCGACGGAGCGAGCGUUCGUCAAAAGAACGGUACGGACUUUCAACAAACGAAUGCCACUCUACAUGAUGAGCUUGUACAAGAAGUUGACAAGCAGGAAAACGGGAAUACCGCAUUCAGCGAACACCAUCAGAGGUCUUCCAUCAGUUACAACAAUUGAAUCCGAAUCGAGUAUGAAAAUCGAGUUCAACCUAGAGAUUGUGAAAGACAGUUGGACCGUUACAAGGGACGAGAUACAUUUAUACAUGACACCUGGUGAUGGCAACGACAAAACUCGCUUCAAACCAUACACCUUGAAAUUCAUUGACAUCCACAGCGGAAAGCUCGUGAGAAAGUUCAUUGUUCCAGCAUUCAAUCGCGGCUGGCAGGUACUAUCUUUGAAUAAAUGGACGAACAAAUGGGUGAAAAAUCACAGCUCGAACGAGGGACUCCUUGUCGAAAUCUACCGCAAGGGCAAGCCGGCAAAGACGAAUCCGUUUACCAAUUUCCCAAAUGGAAAUUCUCCGUACAUGAUAUUGUACGCAUCGGAGCAUUCUACAACUCUUCUCGCGUGGCGUUUCCUUAUCGAGAACUCUCUCAACUCGGCAACGAGCAAUGCCCAAAACAGACGCGUUCGAAAAGCAAGCCGUCAGACCGUUGCGAACACCGACACCAGCAGCAGAAACGAUCCGAACCCAAAGUUGCUAUGCAAGGUAAAUGAGAAAAACGUACAGUUGAAAAACAUGAAAAUUAGCGAACGACUUGUGGUCGUGAAACCGACGAAAUUCAAAAUGAAACAGUGCGCUGACGUGUGCCUACCGACAGCCAUGACACAUUUGUUGGGAAAUAGUCAUUCGAUCGCGGCUCAAACACCAACUAAACGUUGCUGCAACGGAACACAAUUUCAAGAUGUAAUGGUUUUACUCAAUGAUACAAAGAAUAACGAAAUGGAUGUGCACUUACUGAAAAAAUUUGCACCAAAGACGUGCCAAUGGCUGUUGCAAUAACCGACCGCAGCUUGCGGUAGUGUUAAAAAUAGUAGUAAUUAGACGCACUAUGCAGUUCCAUAUUGCACUUUUCUAUAAAACUGACGACAUUUGAAUAUAGAUUUCAGAAGUAAGUGUUAUAUAUUAUAUAUUGCACAUACUAUGCAAUGUUUUCAUUUUGCUACAUACAUCGUAUAACAUAUAUUAUAUAAUAUAUAAUACCUACUCUCUCGCUACAUAUUAAAGCUAUAUAUCAAAUAAGAACAUUGACAUAACCCAGCUUUGGGUUGCGCACCAGAAGAAAUUUAGGACAGAGGUUGUUAAGCAAAACAACACAACGCUGCCACUCAUGCAUAUGAAACGAUCCAAGAGCGAAUUCGCAGCUGAUUAGUUUUGAAAAUUUGACAUUUAGCGAGACUGCUAAGCUUGAGUUAUGAGAAAUGGCGCCGAAAAUUGAAUCGCCAUUGAAUAGCAGCAAUGCAAGAGCAUUGAGCUAUCUAGAAUGCAAUGGUACAUACACCCUGUGCCAUUGACCGAUCAAAUAAGGAUCACAGAUAUUCAUAUAAGGAUCACAGAUUAAUGAUUUCAAGAUCAUAGAUUAUCAUAUCAGGAUCAUAGAUAAGCAUAGAGGCAAAGAAUACACAAAAACACAUUGACGUAUAGAAAGUUCAUUUUUCAUAGUAGGCGCACUGAAAUAUGGCAUUCACCCAUCUUGCUUGAGCAAAAUACAUAAAAAUUGUGGUGGGCGAAUUCCUAAAUUCUUCCAGUCAAAUUCUGUAGUUUGUUUGGAAUCGCGCUCGCCAUUUUAAAUGUAAUUCUGCGGUCGCUCCUUUAAAAAUAAUGCCCUAACUGCAGUUGUAACGUAUAUCAUUGUAUAUCAAAAUAUAUUCGAAAGUAUUGUAUAAAUAUCAAUGAUUCAUGCUGUGAAGACAAAAUAAAAAUGUAUGUACUGAAAUAAAAACUUUAUUCACACUCACCAAAA